AUGGUCGCCGCGGGAGGCAGCCACACGGUGCUGCUCAGGAGCGACGGCACGGCCGUGGCCUUCGGCGCGAAUCUCUACGACCAGUGCAACGUGCCGGCGCUGGACGGUGGCCUGAGCUACACGCAGGUCGCCGCGGGAUACCUCCACACGGUGCUGCUCAGGAGCGACGGCACGGCCGUGGCCUGCGGCGCGAAUGACCGCGGCCAGUGCAGCGUGCCGGCGCUGGACGGUGGCCUGAGCUACACGCAGGUCGCCGCGGGAUAUCGCCACACGGUGCUGCUCAGGAGCGACGGCACGGCCGUGGCCUUCGGCGCGAAUGGCGCCGGCCAGUGCCACGUGCCGGCCUUCGGCGCGAAUCACCACGGCCAGUGCAACGUGCCGGCGCUGGACGGUGGCCUGAGCUACACGCAGGUCGCCGCGGGAGACAGCCACACGGUGCUGCUCAGGAGCGACGGCACGGCCGUGGCCUGCGGCUGGAAUUGCUACGAACAGUGCAACGUGCCGGCGCUGGACGGUGGCCUGAGCUACACGCAGGUCGCCGCGGGAAAUGGCCACACGGUGUUGCUCAGGAGCGACGGCACGGCCGUGGCCUUCGGCGCGAAUGGCGCUGGCCAGUGCCACGUGCCGGCGCUGGACGGAGCGCUGACGUACACCGCGCGCGUGCUCGUCGGCGCGACGCUGCUCCUGCAGGCGUCGCUCGACGGCGGCGCGGUGCGCUUCCUGACCCUGGGCGGGGUGGAGCGCUGCCGGGUGCGGGCGGCGCCCGGCGCGCCGCUCGCUGGCGUGCGCGACUGGCUGGCGGGCGAGCUGGGCGCGGGCCGGCUGGGCCCCGGGCUCGCCCGCGCCGACGCGGCCCUGCCAGGCGGACGGCUCCUGAGCGGGGCCUCGGCGGGCGAGACCGUCGCGGACGCCUUCGGGUUGUAG